AUGAAGUUCGCUCUCGUCGCCUCUGCCCUCUCCGCCGCGGUCGCCUUCGCCGCUCCCGCUGAGCAAGUCUGUGAGAACGGCGGCAACUGCUACGCCGCGGUCCACGGCUGGGGCGGAUACAUCCAGUACGAGAAGUACCAGGGCAACCUCAUGGAGGCCUGCCGCAACGACCAGAACGCCAUCGGCGGCACCGGCAACCUCUGGGGCACGAAGGCUUGCGUAGCCGUCGCCACGAGCAGCACAAAGAUUGGCCCCGAGACCGUCCAGGGCCUCGCGAGCUGUGGCAACCAGAACCUCACCUGCACGUGGGAGGAGCCGAACCUCGACUACAACCUCUACGCCAGCAUCGUCGGUGACUGCGCCUGGGAGCCCAACGGCUGCCCCAUUACGCAGCAGAACUACAUCGACUUCAUCUACGCCACCUUGAGCGAGAUCGGCUCCGGCGACUGGCCCAGCAGCACCGACGCUCUGCUCACCGAUGGCUGGAACUCUCUCCUCGACUGGACCAAGACCGGCGACACCAUCCCCUACACCAACUUCAACGACUACCUCCACUAUGCGUGA